UACUACUUACGUUGCUGAAAUGGACGAAUCUGACUCCCCAACUAAAUUGUCUCCUUUAUAUAAAGAUAUUCGGAAAAUACGUAAGAAAUUACGACAGAUUGAAUCACUAGAACUACUAGAUAGGGAUCUCAAUGAAGAAGAGCAAAUUAAAAUAAACAGUAAAAACAGCCUUCGAAAAGAACUCCGUACUCUUUUGGAGAAUAUCCUUCCAGAAGAAGAUGAAGAUAUAAUGAAGCGUCAAAGUCCCGGUAUUGAUGAUUCAAACAUAGCAGAAAAGAAAGCCAAAAGUAUUGUGAAUGUGAAAUCAGAAACUUCAGAUAAUACAAAUCAUGAUACAGGAAGAAAAGAAAAGGUUACCUCCUUGAAUACUACCGUAUCACUGCUGAUAACUUGGAGAUAUCAUCAAGCAUUACACGGAAAAGACUCAACUAAAAAGAAACAUACUCAAGAAAAUGUUCACAGCGGAGCAAGGUAA